AUGACGUUUUCUCGAGGAGAUUGGGUUCUGGAGCCCAUGCUGUGCAUCAAAGACGUUUUGGUUCCUUCAGAGGAUGUUCUGGUUCCUUCAGAGGAUGUUCUGGUUCCUCCUGAGGACAUUUUGGUUCCCUCUGAGGAUGUCUUGGUUCCUUCAGAGGAUGUCUUGGUUCCUUCAGAGGACGUCUUGGUUCCUUCAGAGGACGUCUUGGUUCCUUCAGAGGACAUUUUGGUUCCUUCUGAGGACAUCUUGGUUCCUUCAGAGGACGUCUUGGUUCCUUCAGAGGACAUUUUGGUUCCUUCAGAGGACGUCUUGGUUCCUUCAGAGGACGUCUUGGUUCCUUCAGAGGACAUUUUGGUUCCUUCAGAGGACGUCUUGGUUCCAUCUGAGGACGUCUUGGUUCCUCCUGAGGACGUUCUGGUUCCUCCUGAGGACGUUCUGUUUCCUCCUGAGGACAUUUUGGUUCCUUCAGAGGACAUUUUGGUUCCUUCAGAGGACAUUUUGGUUCCUUCUGAGGACGUCUUGGUUCCUUCUGAGGACAUCUUGGUUCCUCCUGAGGACGUUCUGGUUCCUCCUGAGGACGUUCUGUUUCCUCCUGAGGACAUUUUGGUUCCUUCAGAGGACAUUUUGGUUCCUUCAGAGGACAUUUUGGUUCCUCCUGAGGACGUCUUGGUUCCUUCUGAGGACAUCUUGGUUCCUCCUGAGGACGUUCUGUUUCCUCCUGAGGACGUUCUGGUU